CAGGGCCCAGCCUGCAGGUGGUCAGCACCAUGUCGGUGGGCUACGACCACGUGUCUCUGGAGGAGCUGAAGAAGAGGGGAGUCCGACUGGGCUACACGCCGGACGUGCUGACCGAAGCGGUCGCGGAGCUCACGGUGGCUCUUCUCCUGGCCACGUCCCGCCGCCUGUUGGAAGCCGCGGAGGCAGCGAAGAAGUGAUUCCCCUCCCCGGGCACGGCGGGGGGCGGUGCGCGCUGUGUCGGGCCAGGCGCGGAGCCACGCGGAGCCCCGCGCACAAUACGCGGCUGCAUCGGGGCCCCGCCUCUCCCCACCCCUGCCCUGUGGCGCGGCUUCCCCCGGAGCGGAGCGAGGCACGUCCGCGCCACACGCCUGCCCAGCUGGGAGCAGCCCCCGCACCCGUGGGGAGCCGGGCUCGUGGCAAUGGGGCCGUUCCCUGGCCAGUGGCCACCCGGGGACGCACGGCCCUUGGCCCGUCGUGCAGCAUUCGCAGCCUGGCUCACCGGGGCGCAGUCACCGCGCGAGAAAUUCACCGCCUGCCCCGGGGCGCAGCGCCCGUUUCAUAGCUCGGCGCAGCGCCCCGGAUCCUAGGGGGCCCGGCCCAGGCCGCGAGCCAGACCAGCUGCGGGAGGGAGAGAAACACGUUCCAGGCUCAGCCCGGGGACAGGACUGCGGGGCGCGAUCCCCGCUGGUAACGCCCAUGGAACAUGCACCCGGAGCGGAGCAGGGGGGUCCGCUCCCCAGAGCCGGCGAAGGGCGCGUGUUCUGCGGGGCGCGCCUGACGCCGCUUCCAAUGUUCCUUGCCAGCUGUGGCUGGGGCACCUGGAAACCUCUGUGGAUGUGCGGCGCUGGCCUGGCGGACAGCACCGUGGGGAUUCUCGGACUUGGCAGAAUAGGAGCAGCUGUUGCAGCCAGGCUAAAGCCGUUCGGAGUCAAGAGCUUUCUCUACGCUGACACUGACCCACGCCCCGAUGUGGCCAGCAAGAUCCCGGCCGAGUGUGUGCCACUGGAUGACUUGGCUCAGCAUUCGGACUUCAUCGUGGUGAGCUGCGCCUUAACUGCUGCCACCCGCGGCAUCUGUGACCACCGCCUCUUCUCCCGCAUGAAGGACACGGCCGUCUUUGUCAAUACCAGCAGGGGCGGCAUAGUGAACCAGGAAGAUCUGUACCAGGCCUUGGUCAAUGGUCAGAUUGCAGCUGCUGGUCUGGAUGUCACAGAGCCUGAGCCUCUGCCUACAGACCACCCGCUUUUUCAACUUAAAAACUGCGUGAUUCUGCCCCACAUCGCCAGCGCCACGCUCGCUACCCGCAACGCCAUGGCCGCCUUAGCUGCCAGCAACUUGCUGGCCGGCCUUCAGGGACAAGCCAUGGGCAAGGAGGUGCCGCUCUGAGCACACGUUCCCCUCCCGCAAACAGCCCUGGGUGCCGCCGAACGUCGCUGGGAGCUGGGAGAGCAGCGCAGGUCCCAGGACGAGCUCUGGGAGCGGGGCAGCCGGGGCCCAUUUACGUGGUGGUUAAACGGCAGCCGUCGGACCGCAGCAAGGGAGGAAGAGAGAACGGGUCGGUUCUACGGGUGUAUCCAGCUCUCGGGAACCAGCAGCCCUCUUCCUCCUCCUCCUCCUCCCAUAGCUCAGCCUAUGCAUUGCGUUUUGCUCCACGCCCCCCCGGAGGGACGGACGGACGGACGGGGACACACACACACACACACACACACACACGAUGUUACAGCCCAUGCUCUGCUUGGCACUGCAUGUGAAUGUCACCAAGAGAUAAGCAAUCGUUUCCAAAUGUGACCUUUUUUCUUAAAGCUAACUUGGCAUUUGCUAAGGGGGAGAGGGUUCAUUAAAAACGUCUGCCGUCUUAUUGUGUGGAAGGCAAUCAGCAGGGAGGAUCGCGAGUACAUUUGCAUUUUUAGAAUGGGCACAUUCCCAGAAAUAAAAUGUGUAACAUUGUUAUCAA